GUCACUGUCACAUCAGUCGUCUGUAGUCCUGUACAGGGAGAGACGGGAUAUUAGUAUAGUAGUCAUCAAGAAGUCAGCAGGAAACUUUUUGGUGUACGAAGCAAUAGGCAAGAAGAUGGAGACGAAGAAUAUGGACAUCAGAUUCAAGACAAGAGUUCUGAGAUUAGAUUCCCAAAAUGGAUCCCACCGCUGACACCACGGGAGAGAUACUCUUGCGGGAUAGAAUUUAUGGUCUUCAUUACCAGCUACACUCUCAUCAUCAUCUUCGUUAUUGGUAGUGUGAAUAUCAUUACUCUGCAGGGACCACUUAGGCAGGUUGACUGCCUAAUGUGAGAUAUCGCACUGCAAGCGGACUGAAGUUGGUAAUAGCCCAUCACAGGAAGCAAGAGAGAGUAAGGGGAGAGCCAGGGAGGGUAGGGAGAGGCACAAAAACAGGAGAAAACAGUGAGAGGUAAAGCAAAAAACAGGGAAUGGGAGCCAAGCCAUCCAAAAGAAACAGUAUGAAGAAGGGCACGCCGGCCCUGGAGAGCGACACACCCCCACUAGCAGCGGCAAUGCUGGGGACAGUGCAGGGCGCAGGUGCUGAGGAUGAGGAGGAUGAAGAUUCGGGGAGUGAGAGGGAGUUUGAUGAGCCACUAUGUGCUCUGGUUCAGAACUGCUCCAUGCUGCACAACAUCGUGGGCCCUGCCUGCAUCUUCCUCCGACAUGGCCUUGCUCAGGCCCAGCUCGACAGAGAUCUGCGGCCAGAGGAAAUUGAAGAGCUGAAAGAAGCUUUCAUGGAGUUUGAUAAGGACAGGGACGGUUUCAUUAGCUGUAAGGACCUGGGCGAGUGCAUGAGGACGAUGGGCUACAUGCCUACAGAGAUGGAGCUGAUAGAGCUCAGUCAGCAGAUAUGUGGGGGCCGAGUUGACUUUGAGGACUUUGUGGAGCUGAUGGGGCCUAAAAUGCUUGCAGAGACAGCAGAUAUGAUUGGAGUAAAAGAGCUGAGAGACGCUUUCAGAGAGUUUGACUCUAACGGCGAUGGUCAGAUCAGUCUAGCUGAAUUGAGGGAGGCCAUGAAAAAACUGAUGGGUGAGCAGCUAAACACCAGAGAGAUUGAUGAGAUCCUCAGAGAUGUGGACCUGAAUGGAGACGGGCUGGUGGACUUUGAGGAGUUUGUGCGGAUGAUGUCUCGCUAAACCCCUGCUAGAGAUUUAUGAACAAUCCACCAUCAUCCUAUGAAGACCGAGAAACUGCAGGUCUAAAAGAAAAUAAGCUGAUGUAUUUGUAUCAUAGUGUCUCCCUAUACAGAGACACUUGUUUUACUUCUUUCAGACAGACCGUGGGUUUUGGAAAUACGUUUAUAUUUAAAAGCACCUGUGUAAAAUAUCUCGCAUGAAUACGUCUGUCCGCAUAAUUACAUUUCUAAUCUCCAUAAAAUGCUUCUGGACUCUCUGUCUAUAAUUCUGUCUGAAUUUCUCAUUUCACCCUGUGGUGUCAGUGCAUUCAUAUCAAACAUAUCUCUGUAAAUACUACUGUAGAUGUAUUGCACUCUUUUGUACUUAUGCACUGUAUAUUAUGAGGAAUUGUAUGUUAUCCGUUUGUUUUACAUAUAUGGAACUCUGCAAAAGUGUAAGCACCCAAGCUAAUAUUUUGAAACUUAUUAAUCUGGACAGUAAGUGUGUUUUUUUUUCUCAAAACAUCAAAAACAUCCAAAUAAGCACAAAUUCAGUAAAACAUAACAAGAGUUUCUUGUUAUAAAAAAGGAUAACUUUUGAGCUGGCUAGAUGAACAAAGUUUAAUUCCUGAUUUUCAUUUAUUCAUUUAUUAAAUUGCAUCACUGAUUAGCCAAACCAGGUGUUGAAUGAUAGCAAAUAACUCUGGGCUCUCUGGUGGACAGGUUUGGAAAUCAUCAAAUGAACAGAUUGACUUUUAGAUUGACGUUCAUGUUAUUUGUAUUUAUUCUAAUAUUAGUAUUUUCUGAGCAAACUAAAAAAAACUUACUGUCCAGAUUAAUAUUAUUUUACAUAUAAUCUUCUCACAUGACUUUUACGCAGUAUUUCAUAUCCACACCGUCGGGACAAAACCUUAUAUCUCUGUUUUUGUUGUUUUUCUCUUUUUUUGCAUUAUUUGAAGUGAAAUUGGUGUUGAAUGUAAUGUUGAGCGGACAAGCAGAAUGGGUCCGACAUAACCUUCUCCAUCAACUUCCCUUAAAAGUUAAGAACAUUUCUCCUGUAAAUUCAGCUUUUGGAGAUAUAAGGUUUUAAUCCAGCAGGUAUAAUAUUAUAGCGGUCCAAGAAUUAGAAGGUUAGUCUUUGCUUAUUAAUUACUAUGCAGACAUGGAAUAACAAUAUAAACAUACUGAAAGGGUUCAUAAUCAGGAUGAGAUAUUUGAGUGAUGUUUACACUCAAUGCUGAUGUUGGUAAAGAUGUUACAGGGCACAGCUUUGUUUUAAUAUGCAGUACUUACUAUGCAAUUUUGUAUAAAUCACUGUCCUUUUUUUUAACAGGGUCACUGUACAUGUAGACCUAUUCAUUUUCAUCUGAAGUGACUGAUGCACCGUGACUGAUUUUAUAUAAGGGUCUUUUAUUGGGCUGAGAGUUUGAGAGUUGCGCGGUUCAGUAAGUGGACAGAUUACAGCGGAUGUAGCUUACUCUAGCAAGUAGGACAAUUAAAUAAGAUGUAAAUCCUUGUAUUUGGCUGAUCCUGUGUAUUCAUCCUUGAUUAGAAUUCGCCUUCUCUCAUUGUGAUACAUGUCAUAUGAUUUAAUCGACCGGUUUUUAAAUGCAGCUCUGCUUUUCCAUGUAGCAAAUUGUCAGCAUUUGCUGACAUGUUUUGAUCUGCCUGUUUGAAAGUUAACGUAUCCUGUAUGCAACAGAUGGUGUGAUUCACAGCUAUUAGUUUAAGUCCAACUUCUUUGUUCAUUAAGGUCUUUUUCUUCUGUAGAGCUGCAGGUGGGCAGCUCCAGGUGAGCGUCACGGAGCUUGUUGGAACAAAACUCAUUUCCAUUUCCUUCCAGUAAAGAUGGAAAAUGAAUGAUGCAGAUGGGUUCAAGAGAAGUGCUGUUUACAUGGAAUUUGAGAUUCACAGGAAUUCAAAGGGCACAAAGUCGUUCAGGGCGGGUUUAAUGUGAGAUGGUGCAUUAUAGAGUAGCUUACAGACUCAGAUUUCUUGACAGUGGUGGUGACGGAAACCAGCGGCCAAAAUGACUACAACAUAAAAUAUAGUCAUUUUAUGUACUAUUCAAAACAACCAGUGAAUCCAUGCGUGAGGUUUUAUGUGUAAUGUUGGUAAAAUAGUGGUUCCUCGCUUGUACCUCUUCAUCAUGAAUGGCUUUUAGCCCUAUUGAACAAAGCAUUGUCGGGGUUUCUGAUGAAAUGUCCUUGAGUCAUCAUUAAUAAAAGUUUUGCAACAAUCAUUAACUUAGAAAUUAUUAAAAUAAAGUAAAAGUAAUUUAGGUGAGGCAGACAGAUCUAUUCAGUGGAAGAACAGGCCUAACGCUUCCAUAUAUAGAGAUAAUUUCCGCUCCGGGGCACAGAGAGACAGGGCCUCACUUGGUAGGGACCUUUGCAGAUACUGGACACCUACUCUAGGAAAUCCUGCCUGCUCAGUGAAAACAACGCACCCUUUAAUGAGGAGACUAGAUAAGAAGUGAGCAGGAACUGGCCAUAACUCUUGAUAAUGAGGAAGGUGCCCAGUUCGAGGUUAAGAUGGCCCAAUAUGGAGAACUAUAUUAAAAAAAUGAUCUUAAUUUUGACGGGAAAUAAGAAAACGAAUUUAAUACAGCGGAUAUAAUGGUAGCCAAAGGGUGACUUGAGGUCAUAUAAUAAGGGAGGGGUGAUAAAUUCACCCCAGACAAGGUAUAAAGUAGGAUGCAUUGUAAGAACCCAUUGCAUUAUAGCUGUCUGAGAGCCAUCAUGUCACUUGGAACUUAAUAAAUGAAGAGGACCUUUUCCUCUCCUUCAAAAGAACCCAUCGGCUGAAGUUUUCUUUAUUUUUGCAAGAAAUAUUUUUAGUCUUUUUAGUCUUUUUAUUUUAUAUUUAUUACCCUUUUUGCAUCAGAGAACAGAAUAAAUUUAGCACUAAAACUUAACUUAGAAUUAAUUAGUUGUAACGUAACCCCACGUCCUGGACUCGGGGUGGAGGCUGGACUGUUUUGGGUCCCGACAACAUCUUGUCAAUGCAUGUGAAUAUGAAUAUGCUGUUGAUCUUUUUAGUUUGAUUAAAUCUGCUGCUGGGGAAGUUAUGUGUGUAUAUCUGAAAUCUGAGCUUUCUGUCUGCUUUUGUAUUUCCUAUAAAGAGGCACUUUGUUUCUGGAUAUGUUGUUUUUCCUCAGCAAGCAUGGAACUUCAUUGGGAGCAGAAUCUAAAUCAGUAAACAUGUGUUAUUGUUUUGUUUAAGCACCAAUCACAAUAAAGCACGACUGAUGUGACAA